AUGGCUGCUGAUCCAGUUCCAUGUGGUCGCCCACUGCUCGCCAUGAAAUCCUCUCGUCGACGCUCUAAGGCUGAAACUAUCGUCAUUUUGGUACUUCUGUUCUCUAUUGGAACCUGCGACAAUCACAUUCCCUCUCUGAAUGAAAUCUCUCGUAUCAACGAUCCAGUUCUGAAGGAGGUAUUUACGUCAUCUGGUCUUCACAAGCAAACCACUCGCCCACAAUCUGAGGAUCGACCACGAUUGCCUGAGUCAGGGCCAUCGCAGCCACAAGUUCAACAGUAUUAUGGUGAAGUCCCCAUCGAGCACAACCAUCAACCUCUUGGACCGAUUCCGCAGCAGCAGCAAAGGCCUGACGCGGUCGCUAUGGUUGUAGAUACGGGUGUGAAUGCUUUCGCUACAGGGGCGAACGCUCUAUACAGAGGAGCGGCCACUGUCGGACAAGCAUUCGGUAUUAAUACACGGGCCUACGAAGCUCCACUUCUCAGCGCCGCUACGCAAUUUCUGGGACGAAAAUGA